GCCAGAUGUUGGAAGCAGCAGGAGGGAGGGAGAAGAGAGCCGGCCGUCCUUCCAACUCCACUCCCGCGAUCCCUGCCCAAGCCCCAGACGGCCAGUAGCAGCGGCUGCCCGAGUGCAGAGGGCCUGGGGGGGAGGUGCUGGCCCCACUUGGGGCCCUUCUCCCUCGUCGGGAAUGCGGAGCUCCCGGCUGGACAGUUUCCUGGGACAGUUCCGUCUGGAGUUGCUGUGCGGGAGGGAAGAGUCAAGCUCCCCCCGGAUGCAGGCUCCCUCCCAGCCAACCCCGCCAGAGCCAGCCAGCGGCCCCCGGCCCUGCCUGCCCCCGCGAGCGUCGGACGCCUCCGAAGCGGACUCGGCCUGCUGCCUAGAAGAGGACGACGAGGAAGGAGCUGCACUGUCUCCCUGUGAACGCACCCUGGACUGGGACUCCGGCUACUCGGAGGUGUCGGGGAGCACCUGGCGGGACGAGGACCGGCCGGUGCUUCGGAGGGUGGGGCGCCUGCGGGGCCGGACCAGCCCCCCGGCCGGACGUCGCCCCCGCCCCAAAUCUACUUCGGACGUGUGUCUGGAGCAGUGGCGGGGACUUGAUGCGGAGGACUGGACCGCAUCUCUAUUGUCGCGGAGCCGGAGCCGCCAGCCCCUGGUGCUAGGGGAUAACUGCUUCGCAGACCUGGUGGAGAACUGGAUGGAGCUGCCGGAGGCGGCGGGGGAAGGGUGCCCGCCAGGGCCCCCCCGCUGGCUGGGGAAGCCCCACCACUUCUUGCUCAACCUCUCGGACCAGCUCAGGCGCCGGCUAGGUGGGGGCGGGGGCGGGGGCCGGAACCGGGGCUCUUCGGGAGCUGGGGCAGCCCCCCAGCGGAGCAGUCCGGCAGCCAUGGCCGCCAAGCGCCUGUCCUGUCCCCCUGCGCCUGGGUGCCCCCUCCCCUCGCCGGACCUCGCCGCAGACUUUACUCACUUUGCCGCUCUCAUGAGGAGCCGUAGUCGCCAGCCCAUCAUUUGCAAUGAUGUCAUUGGCUACAUCUGACACCUUUUCUCUCCACCCCCAUCCCCAAACACGGACAAUAAAGGGUUUUCUAUUAGA